AUGGCUAAGACAAAGAAGGUGGUUGGAACACAUGGUUACAUUUCUCCUGAGUAUGCAGUACAUGGUCGUUUCUCUAUGAAGUCGGAUGUAUUUAGCUUUGGUGUUGUUGUGCUGGAGAUUGUGAGUGGGAAGAAAAACAGAGGGUUCUCUCAUGAGGCUCACUGUGAUAACCCUCUUGGACAUGCGUGGAGACUAUAUAAAGAAGACAAGUCCAUUGAACUCAUGAGUGGAUCUUUACGCAACUCUUGUGUCAUGUCUGAACUACUACAAUCAAUACAUGUUGGAUUAUUGUGUGUGCAACAUCAUACAUAA